AUGUCUUCAAUAAUCGGCAACCAUGACUACCCGGGAUACGAGGCCGUAGGCGACGUGUUCAACAUGAGCGCAGCCACCUCCUUCGCCGCCCGAGAUGCAAUUAUCGUUACGACAUCAGGGCAGAUGGGAGCAUCCGAUGAGGAAUCGUCAUCCAACACAAGUAAAACAGCCAGCAACGAGUGUCAGGGUGAUCAUGCAAAUCAAUUCGAGAUUGCUUUGAAGAAGAUCGAGAGAUCUCUUGCAGCAGCACAACCUAAGCGUUCACCUCGUCAGCUCUGGGAGGGUGUCUUUGCCGUCAGAAGCUUCCAUGUCGGCGAAGUGCCUGACGAGGUCCAACUGGAAAUUGCAGCAGUUGCGAGGCGAUACUGGGGCAAGAACAAGCCAGCGUGGGUCGCUAUCGGAGUCGCCUCGCUCUUUUCGCCAGUGGCGUUGGUCGAAAUCCAGGUUCAAGCAGCGUAUAGCAAGGACUGA